ACAUCACCUUUGCUGCAGGAGUCUACGACUGUCGUGGUCGGCACUGUGGUCAUCAACUGACACUUUGUGUUUUCUUCUUCUUCUUUUUGGAGAAAGAUACAGACAACUCUCCAGAAAAUGGAUGCUCCUCUUUUACAGAGCUUGAAACAGCUAGGCGAGGGCGGAAACGCAAAACCUACUCAGCGGCUGUCGGCGCUGGAACAGGGAGAGAAGUAUCUUAUUCUCAGCGCCAGGCGUACAACUACAAAAUUUGGAGCAGCAGUUGUCGUGUACGUCAAGGACAGCAAAAUAUAUCUGCCAGCGCGCUUCUCUGCCCUCAGCAAUGAAGAACUGGAAUUUUUAAACUCUGGGCAAGUGCUUAUGAUUUAUCGUGGUAGAGUCAAUAGUAUGGAUGUAGUUGAUUUCGAAACAGUUUCAUAAAUGACAGCCUAUCUGUUGUUUUUUAUUUUUUUUUUUAUUUUCAUAGUAUAAGCAUUAGUAAAUAUUUAGUUGUGUGUGUGUGUGUGUUAUUUCACUAACAAUGUCCAUUACAAUUAGGAAAGUGUCAAGGCAUGGAAAUAUUAAAGAAAUCGACUUGCGUUCAUUAAAAGAAGAUAACUGUGGCUCAGAUUUUGUCUCGCGAGAUAGUUUAGUGUUUACAAUAAAAGUAGCCGGCAUUGGUGAAAAUGAGAAUGCAUUUUCUGAAUUGAAUGCAAAAAUAGUGCAGCUACUUCAGAAGGACUGUUUUAAGGAGGGGGGAACAUUUUGCUGCCUUCGAAGUGUAUGAUAAGUACGAAUGCAUCUACUACACAGACGUAUUCGUUAGCAAGUAUAAUAACCUAGUUGACUACUAUAUCAAAGAAAUCCUGUUUGUUCUAUACACAGUCUGCUCUCAUAAUGCAUUUCAGUGCCAGUUUGAUUUCUUUAAUGGUGCAGCUUGUCUCAAAUCGUGGGUAGAGACAGGGGACGUUUCUUUUAUUUAUUCAAAUUGUAAAAAUCUGUUGCUUGCAAUAGAUGAUAUUUUGACAAGUGCAGAAAGUGAACAAUGAGUCAACCAUCUCCAAAGCGCAUUAAAUUAAACCAAGAUCAGCGGGGGGCCAAUGAUCUGGAAUGGGUUUCUGUAGAAUGUGCUUUCAAGAAUCGAAUAUGUACGGGUGAAAUAUUUAAUCGGUCCGGUUUCAAGGAUCCUCUGUAUUUCUUGGAUGCAUGUUUUCCUGUCAUUAACAAUAGAGUGCGAAAUGUUAACCGGCCUCUUAAAAUUAAUUUUGUACUUAUCUGCAGUUUUGUGUUGCCUAAGUCAGGAGCAGUACAAGAAAUGUGCAUAAACACAAAGAAUGUUGAAAUAUUACCUUCCGAAAUUGACAGUGAUUGGUAUUCAACUAAAAUUGAAAAGAAGUUGUUAAAGAAACUGGAGGCUUUCCAACAGAGAGAUUCCGGUUGGGCACUAAGGGACAUAGUUAAACUGCGUGUUAAUGUUAACGAAAAUCGAGGGUUUCAUGGAGGACGUUACAGAAAACUGCCAAAAGUUAUAGCAAAUAAAAAUGCAGUAAUUAAUGUUCGCUCAAAAGACAAUGCCUGUUUCAAGUGGGCAAUUUUAGCCGGUUUGUACCCCGUAAAUAUUCAUCCAGAACGUGCUUCUGCAUAUGUAUCACAUGCAAACAAACUGAACUUUGAUAACAUACCUUUUCCUACAGAACUAAAACAUGUGCACAUAUUCGAAAAACAAAAUGAAAACGUCUCUGUUAACGUGUAUGGUAUCCAGUAUUCUGAUUAUCAGUGGAUGGUAGUUAGUGAUGGAGACGAUGAUGAUGAUGAUGAUGAUGAUGAUGAGGUGGAGGAGGAGGAGGAGAAGGAGAGGAAAAAGCAAAGGGGAAGGUGUGGGAGAAAUAAAAAAGGAAAAAAUUUUCAAGUUGUCCCCCUGCAUGUUACGAAGUACCAUCGUGAGAAACAUGUAAAUCUAUUAAUGUUACAGGUCAAAAACACAGAUAUUUACCAUUUCUAUUAUAUAAAAAACUUGUCAAGGCUGGCGCAUUAUAGCAUUACUAGGCAUAAUAAAUCUAUAGUGGUCUGUCAUCGCUGCCUGUGUUAUUUUCAUUCCAAAGAAAAGUUAGAUGUACACUUGACUGACUGCGUACAAUUUAAGCCAGUUAGCAGUGUUAUGCCUAGUGGUGACAAACAGUAUGUAAAAUUUAGCAACUUCAGAAGCAAGCUAAAGCUGCCUUUUAUAAUUUAUGCCGAUACGGAAUGCAUGCUAGAGCCAGUUGCUACUUGUAGUCGUAGUAUUAAUUCAAAUCAAGUACAUUUACAUACUCCAUUCAGUAUAGCCUAUUAUAUUCACUGUACCUACAAUGAUGAAUAUUCAGAGUUUAAACUGUACAGAGGUCGUGAUUGCAUGGAUUGGUUUACUCAACAGCUCUAUGCAAUCGCUGACAUCGUGAAUGGCUUUUUAGCGCGAAAUAAAGAGAUGAUUAUCAACGCUGAGGAAGAAUUAGCUUUUCGCUCUGCGAGGAAUUGUCACAUUUGUGAGAAACCCUUUCAGGAGGAUGACGUGAAGCAUCGUGACCAUUGUCAUUUCACAGGCGUUUACAGAGGCGCGGCUCAUGCCGGCUGCAACGUAAACUAUAGACCUUGUUUCACAGUACCUGUAGUGUUUCAUAAUCUGACAAACUACGACGGGCAUUUCUUGAUGAGAAGCAUUUGCCAAAAAACUGUGUUUGUUGAUGAUAAUGAUAAUGAUAACAAUGAUGAUGAAAAAAUUACAUUAAAUCCAGGACCUGUUUCCAUUCUACCAUCAAACAUGGAAAAGUAUAAAUCAUUUACGAAGAGCAUUCCAGUAAUGCACCGAGGUAGGAGAUGUAGCAUAUACUUUCGAUUCAUGGAUUCCUUAAAUUUUCUGACAUGCUCGCUUGAAAAGUGUGCCUCAUACUUGAAACCAGAGGAUCUCAAGAUAAUUAGGAAAUACUUUCCCAAUGAUCAAGAGUUUAAUUUAGUCAAUCAAAAAGGUAUAUUCCCAUAUGAGUAUGUAAGCAAUGAAUCUGUUUUACUAGAGGACCACUUACCUUCAAUUGAUAAUUUUAAAAGUUUAUUGACAGGCGGUAGAACUGUCUCGGAAUCCGAUUACAAAAGAGCAUGUGAUGUAUGGCAUUUAUUCAAAUGUAAAACACUAGGAGAAUAUUCUGAUUUGUAUUUGAAAAUUGAUGUAUUGCUGUUGUCUGACGUUUUUGAGAAUUUCCGCAACCUGUGCAUUAAAACAUAUGAGUUAGACCCUGCUCAUUACGUUACUUCUCCUGGCUUGGCAUGGGAUGCUUUACUUAAAACUAGCAAAAUAGAACUACAGCUUAUUACUGACAUUGAGCAACUUCAGUUUAUAGAGCGAGGUAUUAGAGGUGGGAUUGUUCAUUGCUCUUGUCGGCAUGCUGUUGCAAACAACAGAUUUAUGUCUAAUUAUAAUGCAAAUAUUGAUGAAUCUUACAUUAUCUAUCUCGAUGUUAAUAGCCUUUACAGCUGGGCAAUGAUGCAACACCUUCCUGUGUCAGACUUUACUUGGAUUGACUCAAAAACAUUAUUAGAUACUUUUGAUGUGACAACAGUGCCAGAUGAUUCUGAUGUAGGAUAUAUUUUAGAAGUAGACCUUGAAUAUCCUGAAAAUAUCCAUGAUCUGCAUUCCGAUCUACCACUGUGUCCUGAGAAAAUCCUACCACCAUCACCACCACCACCAACAACAACAACAACAACAACAACAACUGACUGUAACAGUACCAAAUCUAGUGCUCCAAAAAAGUUAAUCUCUACUUUGUAUGAUAAGAAAAAUUAUGUAAUACAUUAUAGGAAUUUAAAACAGUGCUUACAACAUAAGUUACAAUUGCGAAAGAUUCACAGAAUACUAUCAUUCAAGCAAGCGCCAUGGAUGAAACCAUACAUUGUCAUUAAUACAGAGAAACGUAUGAGAGCAAGUAAUGACUUUGAAAAAAAUUUCUUCAAACUUAUGAAUAACAGUGUUUUCGGCAAAACAAUGCAAAAUGUAAGAAAAAUGGUAGAUAUAAAACUAGCAACACGCUGGGGUGGUAGAUAUGGAGCAGCUGCACUGAUUGCUAAACCUAAUUUCAAAAGGAGUGUAAUUUUCAAUGAAAAUUUAGUUGGUAUUGAACUAAAUAAAGUUAAUGUUGUGUUUGAUAAACCAAUAGCAGUAGGUAUGAGUAUUUUAGAUAUAUCAAAGACUCUUCUCAUAGAGUUUCAUUAUAACUACAUACUAAACAAGUUCCCAGCAAAUCAUGUGAAACUGUGUUAUACAGAUACUGAUAGCUUAAUUUACCACAUUAAAACUUCCAAUAUUUAUGAAGAUAUUAAGAUUGAUGUUCAUAAAUGGUUUGAUACGUCAGGUUAUCCUGUAGAUAACAAAUAUAAUCUUCCAAUUGUCAAUAAGAGAGUGGUAGGGUUAUUAAAAGAUGAAUUAAAUGGUGAUCCUAUAACAGAAUUUAUAGGUCUGCGAGCUAAAAUGUAUGCUCUUGAGACUGAGUCACAACGUGUAAUGCGUAGGGCAAAGGGUGUGAAGCAAUCUUCUGUCAACGAGUUGACCAUUGAUGAUUACAGAAACUGUGUAUUGAAUUCAGAUGUUAAAUCUAUUACACAGUAUUUUAUACAGUCCAAAAGUCAUGUUGUAUACACUAUUGAACAGCACAAGCUAGGUUUAUCAGCUCAAGACGAUAAACGAUUUAUACUUACUGAUAAAAUUAAUACUUUAGCUUGGGGUCACUAUCGCCUAAAGAAAUAUGAUGAUUCUUAAUUUUCUUUUUUAUACUGUUUGAAAACUGAUUUAUGUAUAUAAUACAUUAUAUGUGCUUUGAAACUGAUUUAUUGUGUGAAAACUGAUUUCUGUAUGUAAUGCCUUAUAUAUGCUAUGAAACUGAUUUAUUGUGUGAAAACUGAUUUAUUGUGUGAAAAAACA